AAAUGUAGUUGAUAUUUUGUUGAACGGUUCCUCAACUCUUUCUUGGUUAGGUAAGACUCUUCCUCUCUCUAGUCCAACUCCUUUUGAAAUCAAAAUAAUUGCGUGUUGUCAGAUUGAAUACUCAAAGCUCCAUGAGAUCAUACAGUAAAGAGGAGCAGGUCAACUAGUUUUAUCUUAAAUUAUUUCCAUUUUCUUGACAUUCUUUGGAGUCAUUACCACCAAGUCCACCAUUAUGUCCUUCACAAAAUCACAAGAUGGAGCGGUUUAACAAACUUUUUCCUUAAAUAUAUAUGUACUUUACUAUCUAUUACUAUAUUAAUGUCCAUUAAAAACACCCCCUUUUAUUCAAUUCCUAUCUCCAUAACUCAUCUUAAAUAGACUUCUCUAACCAUCACCAACAAACUCCAAAAUGGGAAAUUCUAUUCCACAGGGCACAAGCAAGGUUGUUUUCUCAGAUGGAACGGUUCAUUGUUACGACAAGCCUUUAACAGUUGCAGAGUUGAUGCUGGAACAUCCCCAGCAAAUGGUGGUUGAAUUCAAGCCGAUCGCGGAUGGGAAAAGGCCAAUUCCAUUGCCUGCUGAUAUGAAACUGGAGAAGAACAAGGCUUACAUAAUGCUUCCAAUAAGGAAAGGUAAACCAUCAAACUUGUCAUCUGAAGAAGCGCGGAAAAUUCUAACAAAAACAAGUACUUUGCUUAAGUCCAAGUCUCUGUUAGCUUCGUACACCGGGUUUUUGCCUGUAUUUGCUCGUAUAUGUCCAGCUGCAGUACUAUCAUCAUUGGGGAAUGGUGGCGAUCAUGUUCUUAAUUCGGAUAAAAAUCUUUACUUGUUGAAGAAGGAACAAGAGGAAGAACAAGGAUCUAAACAUGAUUAUUUCAGUGAUAUUGUUGAAGGAAGGCCUGAAUUCUUAAGCAGGCAAUUGUCAGGAAAAGGAUGGAAGCCCAGUUUAGAUACUAUUAAAGAAAAGAGCAUGCAAGCGAAAAUUCGCCAUUGGCUGUUUUGAUCCGUAUUUGUCCAAUCAAAUGCUGCCAUGUCAUCAUUUCUACGUCUUUGGGUUUCUUUAUGUUUUGAUUUUCUCUCUUUUAAAUCCUGUGAUAGGAUUUCAUCCAUGGAUUUUAGUCUUAAUUAAGUUUAAUUUAAUUUUGUGACUUCGAAAAAAUCCAUGGGGUGUGGUGAAAUCUUAGUCAAUGUGUAAUUUGUAGCUUUCAA